AUGGCUGACGCGGAACUCAUAGGUCUCAAUAUGACCAACCGGGUAUCCGACGAUCGACCUAGGGUGGAAACCCCUGUUGUGGCCAGAUUGAUUGCCGAAAACCUUCCAGGAUCCUCGAACGCUGCACCAAUCACGCCGGAACAAGUGGCCGGCUACAUGAACUUGAUGAAAAACCUGCUCGAGGCCUUCUCUCAGGCCGCGACGCCUAGGGUGGAACCUGUCCGCCAGGAGAAUAGGGCAGAGCCCUCCAGGGAAACCCUAAGAAGGCACAAGACCGGUGAGACAAGAUCUCACCGCAAAAGUAACGUCUGGAGAAGAGAGGACGCCCCGAGCCAAAUGAGGAGACGUUCUCCCCCUAGAGGAUCUGUCCGGACCCCCAGAAGUUGGGAACGUCUGAGAACAGAUUGGGAAGAAGAAGAAGAAUGGAAUAGCAAGAACGCCCAAGAAAGACACCCCUCGUGGUUCGUGGCCGAGCAGGAAGAGUCAUCUGGGUCCUCUCGUUCUGAGUACGCUCCGAGACCACCUAAGAUGAUUGAGAAUGAGCAACCUCGCCUACGAUCUGAGGUGGUGCUCCCACCACCAAGGUCCUUCGAAGGACGAUCCCCCACCAGGGCUCAAUCACGGAGGUCGUCACCACACAACGGGAGAGGUCCCCAUCCCACUCGACCAUCGACCGGUCGAUCACCUCCAAGGAAGGAAAGGUCUAGGCACGACGCCGGGGGGCACACCGGUCAACACCCCAGCGAUAUCAUGAUCCCGGAAGGUUCCCCUUUCACUCCUGGGAUCCUUGAGGAACCUCUCUGA